AUGUCCUCCUGCGAUUUACUCUCAAAAUGGCUGAACCCUCAAUUCCUUCGAACCCUUCUUCUGGAUCCGGACAAAAACAAAUCCACGUGUAUUCAAAUUGCCAGAUUUGUGGCUGCUUAUUACCUGGAUUAUCUGCUGUUUUUGCCAACUGAAGAAGGACUAUUGCCAUCUUUAUAUCUUUGGGGAAAUUUUCAAAAAGAAGAUUUAAAACCAACUGACACCCUGCUAGAUCGCACUAAAGUCAGCUCCAUGCUCCCAGUGGAAUAUUCACCUGCUCUUCCGGCUCUCCUUAUGGUAAAGUGCGAUUCACUAAUUGAAGCAAUCAGUUAUGUGGACCAUUUCGACGACAGACGGACUAGCUUGGUGCUAAGGCUUCUCGCAGAUUCAUUGCAUAACAAGGACCUAACCAUCGAUUUCAUCAAAACCAUGAUCGUGGAAAAUCUGCCCCUUCAAAUUGCCGAAUCGCUAAAAUCACCAUCUCCAAAGUUUGCCCAAAACUUCACAGAAUCAAUUCUCCAACUGGAUGUAGCAAUGCAAGAUGACUUGAUUCAAUUCAUGGAACAACAUCUAAUUGCCACUGCUGAAUUCGUCUUCUCAGAAUUGCCUUUGGAAUCUGAGGAAGUGCUUCCGAAUCCGAUUUACGAGGCACCUGGCGACGUGGCGGAUUCUGAAGAGGGCAGAGCGUUUAUGGAGAUUUUCGGAUAUGUUCAGAUACUUUUGGAGAGUUUUGCAAGGUCCAACCGGAUAGUGGAUCAGUUGAAUUUUACAGUCAAGUUGAUUUCUAACGAUUCGACAACUUCCCUCCGAGUCUCCUCAAACUAUACCCUUCAUCGAGUGCUCCUUCUAAUGCUCCGUAUCACGUAUCGUCAUUUAUUCUCUGUUGCUCUUCGAGAAAAUCACGAAAACCUGGGGAAAAUCGCUGAAAGAUACAAGGAAUUGUUGAAAGAAGACGAUCAAGAGCAUAUUCUACUGAGGGAUUGGUACAGUAGUGCAGAGGAGGAUGAUAUGGAGAGAAUUCAGAAUUUCAUUGAUUGGAUUCAGAAUAAUUAUCAGCAGAACUCCUCUUUACCUCCGCUAACAUCGACAACUCGUGAACUAUGGCUCCGUCGAAUUGUGCUAAAUAGUACAACCAAUCAUAGAGACGUUAGACAGGAAAGAACAAUGGAUUGGUUUCGAUCGGUUUGUCAUCCCAAACAUCGGGUCUGUGAUGUCACCAUGUCCCAAAUGCUGUUCAUCAACACUCAAUGGACGUCUCCUGGCUUCACAUUCAUUCAACCCGGAUGCCUUGCCCUUCGUCUCUCGAUCCACCCCCAUGACCUCUGCCUUGGUACCACCACCACCGGUGUCAACCUAUCCGCCUCUGCCAGAGACAUCCUCUACAGAAACCCAGAGGAAGUGAUAAAGGAUAAGCAACCAAUUUUUACUCCUCGAUUAGCAUCACCAGAUCUAAUUACAAAAUACGCCGAGAAACACGACAAAUUGGCUAGACAAAUGGCAGAAACUACCAGAAAUUUUACACCGAUCGAGGAGCAAUUAAGAGCAUUUUCUAGGCAACAAGAUGAGUUGCAAAUGGAAUUGAAGAGGGAGAGCGAGUUUUUGAGGAGAGCUGGACACUAUCAUUAUCCGGAUAAUAAUGAUGAUAGUGGAUUUGGGGAUGGUGGAUUGUUGCGAGGAAUUGCGGAGGAAAGGAAUAGAGCAGACGCCGCCUCGAAAAACUCAAUGGACGAAGCCCUGGCGAAACAGCUAAAUCUUCUGAACGCAAAAUUGGAUGAAGUGGUCAAAGGGUUAGCAGAUCGACAACAAAAAUCAAUGUACAUCAGAGAAGAGGAUGAGCAAUCGGAAUUAUCUGAAAUUCCAUUGGAAUAUGACGAUGCUCCAGUUGGUGGACAAGUACCUGUUAUUGAGAAAUUGGAUUUUGGAAUGUUGUCAUCGAGAACACCGGCGCCAAUUGGGGAUUUGAGUUUUAAGGAGGAGAAGGAGUUCCACCAAUCUUCCGAAGGAUCCAUCACACCAAAAGCCAUCUCUUCCUCUGACCAUCUCUCUACAGCCAAAUCUUUCUCUAACCCAUUAUUCACCGAAAAACACCCCAAAAUUCCAAUGGAAUGGAUGAAACUGCUCCCAUUGGAAGCUGGAAGUGCUCGACACAAUUUGCUAACUUUUGACAGAAAACUUUCUGAAAUUUUGACGACUCCAAGACAAGACGACUACUUGUUUCGUCGAGAAAUCGUUAGUGAAAGAGGAAUCGGAACUCAGACGUCGUACCGAAAAAAUAGUGUGAGAAGUGGAGAGACGCAGACUAAUGAUGACGUGGCAAAUGUGACACGAAAAGUGGUGGAUAUGAAGUCGGUGAAGAGAUUGAGUGUGGAUGAUAUGAAAAUGGUUAUGGAUAGGGUCGCUAAGUUUUGA